GUUAGUGCUGCCAGGUAGGAGAAACCAACCAACCAGCUUAUAUAACCAACUAGUUAACUGACAACUCAUUAAUAAAUCGAUGAAAGCUUUACCACGGAGCUGGAACCAGUCGGCAGCUAGCUGCUUUAGGCGUUAGCUCCAGCUGGUCCUAAACUGUCCCUCAAAGCUGUGUCCCGUGGAUGGAAGUGUGUAGCUCAGCAAUGGGACCAGAGAGAGUCUUUCCGAGCUCCGAAGACGAACUGGGGGAGGACAAGCGUUCAGUGGAUGGAGCUGUAUUACCUGCUGGGGCGGUGUGGGACGGGGAUGUGGGGGAGGAUGGGGGAGAUUUAGAGCUGGACGAAGAGGAGGAGGAAGAGGGGGAGGAGGCGAGCAAUGGAGAGUAUUAUUAUCAGCCUCUGAACCAGGAUCCUGAUGGCUUGUACAGCAGCGAGCAGCCUGAAGAGGAGGACAUGGGGGAGGUCUCCCACUCUCAGCAGCUGCAGCAGGUGCAACACAGGAUAGAGGUGAUGGGUCUGCAUCUCCCUGAAGCUCCACCUCCAGACAGUGAUGAAGAGGAGGACCAGGAGGGUGCAGCGGCCCAGAGGAGCAGAGCAUCCAUCCCCAUGGAUGCAGACCACGUGGAGCUGGUGAAAAGGACGAUGGCCGCUGUGGCGCUGCCGUCUCUAGGUGUCCCGCCGUGGGCUCAGGAGAUCUCCGACGACCAAUGGAAGGACAUGGUCCAGCACACGUUGCAGGAACGACAGAGUUCUGCUGGGCUCAGGAUGCUGCGCCGGAGCAAUGUCCCAGGACUCUGAAAGCCCCACAGAUACCUCUGUCCCUGAAUGCACCGUGACCUUAGAAAUGAGCCCUUCCAUGCCUGCAGAACCUGAACACACCAUGUUAGCUUAAACAUUCUGUCAUGACUGGCCCUGAAUGCAACAUGAACAGACUGCAGUGGGCCCACACCUGGGUCUCAGCCUACAUUCUGGACCCACAGCUGCUCUUGAUUCUGAACAGUGAUUUGGACCACAUUAUGACUCAAAAAUAAAAACAGGAUGUGAGAUUAAUUAUUAAUUGAUGUAUUUACAGUUAGUUUCUGACCAAACCUCUUCCUCUGAAGGAACAGUCUGUUGUUCAAGAACAGUUUGGAUCAAGCUCCUUCUUCCUGUCUGUCCUGUUUCUGUAUUUAAAUCAGUGCAAAUGUUAAUUCCUCUGUGUGUAGAAACAGGAAGCUGGUUCAACAUGUGGGCGAGACUUGCUUUAUUUCUUCUGUACAUACAUGAACAUCUGUUCAAAAUCAGCUCUGACCAUGUGAUGCUCAAAUUAAACAUCUGUAAGAUGA